UGAACACCCUUUAUCAUAUAUGACUAUAUAGGAGCUAAAGAGAAAUAUUAGAACAAUACUACUAAGAAGAAGAUAGAGAAGAGAUUUAAGUAAUAACUCAGAGUGGUCUAAGUAUAUAGAAAAUAAUAGGGGAAAAAGGAAAAGCAUAGCAAUAAGAGAGAAGUCUUAAUCAAUAACAAAACCUCAUGAGUAAAUAAGGAAUUAACUUAGGAAUAUUUCAAACAACUCACAGAAAAAGAUGAGAUGA